ACCACUGAAGAUGUCAGAUUUCGACUACGCUAUUGUAUAUCGAAACUUUACAAGAGAGGAUUCCAAAGACAGUCAAGCCAGAAGUCAAGAACGAGGGAGUUAGUAGAUAUAUUUGCAAUGAAAUGAAAUGGAGACCGUAUGAUGCAAGCGAGUAUGCACUUGGAAUUUUCCCUGUCUGCUGCUAGUAAUGCAAACGACUACCUUAUUACAAUUACUUGGGUGCUUGGGUGACUUUAAGAUGACGUUAAGUGAAGAUGGCUUAGUUUUGAAUAAUAGGUUAAUAAUAAACGAUCCAAGAUAGGAUCGAUUUCACAUAUUCCAUAACAAAUACGAAUACUUUGCUGAUAAAAUUUCAUGAAAUAAACAUCACUGCAAAACAAAAACGAUGAAUAUGAAUAAAUCAUUUUGUUUAUACUUUGAAAAGAAUGUGCUAUUGUGGAUUGUUCAUUUCUAAUUGGUCGGCAUGCAUGACCUUGGCCUUCGAACAGGAACUCCAGGCGCGGUUUAAGGAUUUUAGUUUUAUGAGUCAUCACGACUAUUCUGCUCCCAAACAAAAAGUGACCGAAGAUAUUUCUGUUGACGAUAAUGAUGAAGAUCCAGUUUUUUCAAUGAUUGCUCGUACUGGAUGCUCAAAUGAACAUUAUGCGAUUCUUGAUUGUAUGAGUGAGAAGAAAGAUUGGAGACAUUGCCAGGAAUUUGUAAAGAAUUUCAAAGACUGUAUGAAAAAACACGGAAAUUUGUGAAGUUAUCUAUGGAUCCGGAUAAGGCCCAUGCUUUGCGAGUUUGUGGCCCAAUGAUAAUCCAAUCUCUUGAUCCAGACGCUAUCCUGGAUUAUCUCUUCUCGAAAAAUUGGAUAUCUCAUAAUGAAAUAGAGCUCAUCGGAUUAGAGAAGACAGCACAAAACAAGUCUAGAAAAAUCCUCGAAUUAGUACGCUUACGUCCAUCUGGGGCAUUCGAUGACUUUUUAGUGGCUCUGGAUUCUGAAGGUUCAUUUUUAGCAGCCGAGAUCCGUAAGCAUAUUGCACCUUCUCCAACUAGGUAAGUUGUACACUCAACGCAUGUGUGAUCAAGUAUGCACAGCCUUGCUACCAGAUCCUGGUGAUGACUAUUAUUCCGUUUGUUGAUGAACUUCGCUUAGUAAAUAGGGUGAUUUUCUCCCGACGUCAUAGUCGUCCAUUUUCCUAAAGCUGGAAAUCACAGAGUUGUUUGGUAGCUUCAUUUGUUUAUUUUUGUCUGAUCAAAGUGUAUGAUUACUUUGCCGAACAGUUGUUGUUAUUUGGCGUCAGAAGCUGGGUUUUUUUUGGUGUUGAUCUGUAUUAUGUAUUCACACUGCCUUCAAAAAUACCACUCCAAAUAUAUCUGCUGGUUUUCUGUAUCUAUAUAGCAGUAAUCCUGCAUACAAAGAAUACUCUAGAAUAGUUUGGUGUUGUAACACCCCAGCUUAUCCAAAAUAGUUGCACUGAGGAUGAAAAGACAAGUUUGGUAUAAGUCAGGAGUCUUGCACAAUUGUUUGCGUAGAUGGUGAUUUAAAUCAGUUUGGUCUAUGUUAAUGAUAGUAUAUACUUCGAAUAAUCUCAACAACCUUAACCGUUGCACAGUGAUUUAUACACUCGACUUUCAGCCGUCAAGUCCUAUGUUGAGACCCCGCCCCACCUACUUUAUUUAGGCGGUCUGGCAUUAUCAUUACCCCUUUCACCUAGUGUGGUUCAAACCCAAGUAUGAGCUAAUUUAACUUAGUUUUUUAUUUCUACUCUCAACCUGAUACAAAUGUUAACACUUGUCUUCCAAACCUGUUUUUAGUGAAAAUAAGGUAAGAUCUUAAGUUGGACAAUCGUCGUUAUGUUGUAAGUUUUAGUUGGUUGCUCUUCAAUUUUCAGAAGGGCUUUGUUUUGUUUGAAUGACAACUAUACUAUUUAGCAGUAUCUCCUUCGAGUUCUUGUCUAUUUGUCUAAUGUCAAAAACAUUUUCAUCCUUUGGUUGUGUAAAAGCUGAUAGGAAGUAUGAGCCAGAUGUAUCUGUUUCUCCUGAUAUUUUAACCAGUUGUCAUAGAUGUCACUCUGAUGAGGUUGUUAUCUAAUUUCAUAGGAUGAAUUCGUCCAGCAAUCCUUUCUUUUCGAGGGUACAUGCGCUGUAGUCUUAUUAGGCAAAAAUAUUACUACUUGAUUUAAACACUGUCAUAAAUUCUGAGGAAUUUCCAAUUGUUGUGUACAAGGGAAAGUAUUUAUCAGUGUAUCAUCAGUCAAGUUAAGGACUGUGGCAACAGUUUUCGGUUAUUGCUACACAGUUAGUCUUUUUUUUUAAUUAUUCCAACAGCAAUCUUUCAAACGUACAGAAAGUAUAUAGGAAGCUUUUUUAAAAUUAAAUAGGAAUGGAAUAUGCUCAUAAUCGAAAUAAGUUAUUUUAGUUCAAUAACUUUGGUUAUUCAAAUAAAACAAUGCUACUAAGGUACUACGUAGUGAUAUCCUCCAGAAAUUUAACAUAAUCUAUGUUGCUUGAUAAACUGACUAUAGCUACAAGGGUGAUUAUAAACAUGGGGAUUUUGUUUUAGCGGUUAUUUGUAAUAUGAAUUAGUAGCUUUUUACCGUUCUGUGUAUUGCUAGUCUAAAUUUUUCCUUUUUUAGCGUAAAAUACAAACUCUAUCAUAGAUAUUGUCUUUUGUCUUUCUGUCAGUAACGUGUAAUUGGGUCCGGUCUUCUAUUUACAGGAAAAAAGAGCAUAGCCUGUCAGAUUUAAGAGAAUUACUACUUGAAGGGGCAGUUCCAGAUAAGCCUUCUCGCUACAUUAAUCGUCCGGAUCUAGUGAGUGCUCUUUCCAACAAAUUACGAGCGUUAGCUGACCACUUCAGAGUUGAUAAAAUACCUGCAGAUAAGUUAGCUGAAAUAGAUAUUGCACCGCGAUUUCAAGACUGCUCAAAAGUUAUGAGUAAUCUCAAUCCUCCUCCUACUAAUGCUUGGCUAUUGAUUCAUGGGUCUCCUGGGUCAGGCAAGUCAGUUUUAUCAGCCAGUGUUCUGCGUCAAGAACCAACUCUUCUUGCUGACUGUUUUCCAGGAGGUGUGAUCUGGAUGCAUGUUGGGCCACUUUUUGUCAAUACUUUAAAUUCUGAUACCGUCUCAUAUCCUAAACAGAACAUCAUACAAUUAGUUGAUCGAUUAGCAUAUAGAGUAAGUCAACUGGGGGGUCAUGUUCACGAUGCAAAUACGAACCACAAUCUGUCAGAGUCCCUUCACUUUCCAACUAGUCAUUCACUAACAUUAGAUGAUAGUCUUGAAAGACUUAGAAGAUCUUUAAUUCGUAAGCAGCAACGCACAUCUUGGGGCCCGGAUGAGAAUGGUAAUCUAAUUACUUCCUUGCUGCUGAUUAUUCUCGAUGAUGUAUGGGAUAUUGAAGUUGGACGAGUACUUUCCAAUUUGCCUGGUGCCUUUUUGGUUACUUCACGGGAUUUAGAUAUUUUGGAGCGAGUAGAAACUCCUGUAGAUAAACUACAUUUGCACAAUGACUUAUCUGAAGAUGAAGUUGCUAGUCUUUUGUCUAUGUGGACUGGAUAUUCAAUGGAACAAUUUAUCUCGUCUAGCAAAUCAUCUCAAAAUGUAAAAGAUUCUGACAUUUCCUUACCUGCUAUCAGUCAAAUGACAUAUGGAUUACCUUUUGCUGUUAGUUUGUUAGGAAGCCUCUUAUACAAUCAAGUUCAUCGUCUUUCUGAUUAUAUUAUCAGUGUAAAUAGAACCGGAUCUAAAUUUCUUGAUUGGGUGGCUAUUAAACGUCCUAGUGCCUAUGGUUAUGAUUCUGUAUUUCAGGCUUUUGAUAAAAGCAUAUCACUUCUGUCACCCGAAUAUCAAGCAUACUACCGACGUUUGGUAAUAUUUGACCCAGGCAUUGUUCUGACACCAAAAGUUUGUGGGAUCCUGUGGGCAAUACCUGAGGACAAGGCUGAGAGGAUUCUUUCUAUCUACACUCGUUAUUCUUUAACUGUUAGGCAUUGGAUAUAUAAAGUAGGAAAUUGUGGCUACACAAUACAUGGUAUACAGCUAGAUCUUUUGAAAUCAUGUAUCGAUCCUGUUGAGCAAGCAAACUAUCAUGCCAAAUUUAUACAGAACUAUUUCACUUUUUGUGGGGGUCGUUGGUUAAAACUUGUAUCUUCUUGGGAACAUAUUUAUUUCUGGAAUAAUGCCACUGAACAUUUGUUUAAGGCUGCUCAAUUGGAUAAGUUAGUUGAUUUGUUAAUUAACUUAGAUUUUCUUCGUGGUCGGCUGAAAAUUAUUGGUACGACACCCGUGAUUGCAGACUUUCAACGUUAUCGUGCUGUUUUUGUCACAUUGAAUCGAAUGGCUGAAUGGUUGGCUUAUCUUCGUUUUAUUCAAACAAACGCUUACUAUAUAAUUGAUCCAACUAUUGUUCAGGACUGUGAACGGUCUAGAUCUCCAUGCCAAGGAUCUCGUAGAAGUUCUGUGGCCAACUUGGAUCUGUCUCCUCCCAACUUCAGACCUGAUUCUAGAUGUAUAAGUCCUGUUGAAUCACGGCGAAAUUUGUUUUCAAGAAAUAUCAGGUCAAAUUCAAUUAAUAUACCUGAUCAUUCCAGUUACAAUACCACAUCACCUAAAGGCAUAGACUUACUGCAGCUGGGACUUGGCCUUUCCCAAGACAACCCUGUAUUUCAGCAAGCUUUCCAGUUAUUGACUGAGCGUCAUCAAUCUGUUUUAAAAAUGAAUCCCUCAUCCAAAGAAGAAGUGUCUAAGACUUUAUCAAUAGUUAGAGCAUUUAAGUAUUAUUGGUUUUGGUGUAACAGUCACAUUGCUGCUUCUCAAUUAUUAUGGGCCAUUCCAACAGGAUUUCAAGCUGUCACAUGUUUGGCUAUUGAGGUACCAUAUACCAUAUCUUCAGCUUUUACAAAUGUCCCAACAGAUGAUUCGACGGAUACUGUAAGUACAGACAAUCAGGAGGAUUUAGCUAAUGAUUCACGUUAUUUAUAUCAUAACCGUUAUCGCAAACGAUAUCUAGCUUCAACUAGUGAUGGUCGAGUUCUUCUUUUGGAUGCUAAUUCAGGCUAUGAAGUUGCAUUGCAUCAAGUAUAUUCACCUGAAAUUGAAGUGAAAUUUCUAAGCUUCUUAUCGAAUAAUACAGAAUGUUUAACCUGUGGAUCCAAUGGUAGUUUAGUAAUUUCAACACUUCCUGUUGCUGAGCAAAUUUCAGGUGAAGAAUUUUAUCCAUACGAUAAAAUUGUUUCAAACCAUGAAAAUGGUACAUUUCAUUUCGACUAUUAUGGAAAUCAUAGAGAUAGUUGUAAUUUAGAUGCUAUUGGCAGUGAUGAUGAUGAUGUUAGCAUAAAUAAUGGCUUUAUUGAUUCGAAACACAGCAGUCAAUAUUCAACUAGAGAAAAUAUCAACAUCUAUUUGGAAUCAAACGACUCGGAAGUAUCUACUGAAGGGACAAUUAGACGUCGAAAGCGUUCAACUAUUGUUUCACCAGUUUAUGAUUCUUCACCUAUCGAUGUUCCAACACCUACUGUAUUAGCUGACUUACCUCGACUAACUGAAUUGGCUCGUGUUGAUAAUGCACAAUCUACAACAUUACCUAUAACUUCUCAGCCCAAUCAAAUUUCUUCUGAGUCAACAUAUCAACUUCAGUGUAUAGCCGCAAAUUCUUCCUUAGACCUUUUAAUUAUGACCGGUGAAGGUUGUCUUGAUUCUGUGUCACAUCGUGUAGAUGGAAUUGAAUCAAGUACCUACAUAAAAACUACACCAAAACUACCAAAUGUCUAUCACUUGAAACGUGGAAGUGGUGGUAAAUUACGACUUGAUUGUUCCAGAGAAUUAAGGCUCCCCUGUCUUCCUUCAGACCACUGGUAUCCACAGUUAUGUACUGAUUCUAAUUCAAAAGUGCAUCUCGCUUCUGUUUCAGAAAAUGGAAAUAUUAUUGCUGUUUGUUUAUCUGAUGGAUUUAUAUGGUUUUACAAUCUGGAAAUAAUCUGUUGGAUUUCCUGUAUUUCGACCAAAUUAUCUAUAGACUUUGUCACAAAAUUCUUAUCUCAAAGAUUUUCAAUUGAUGUAUUUGAAGAAUAUGAACGGUUGCAGUUGUUUGAUGCGAACACAGUAGAAGUUGGAGUUGGACCAGCUGCAUCUUGCGUUAUAUUUUUACCAUCUUUUACAAAUCAUGGUAACCCAAACGACAUGAAUAAUGCACCAAUAUUUUUUGCUGCAUCUUUAUCUACUCAAGUUUUGAUUUGGUGCUUGCCUAAUACAGAGUUUCAAUUUUCUGAAUCAAGAAUAUUGGAAAACGAGACAUUGUGUCGUAAUAGCUUCCCUCGCUUACAUUUGUUGUGUUCGUGUGCGUCUACAGUAUUGUCGAUGGAUGCACGUAUUAUUGAAGGCCAAUGCAUUUUAGCUGGUGGAACCGCUAGUGGACGUGUUCUUAUAUGGCGUGUUCGUGACGGUUGUAAAUUAGUAGAAUUGAGUGUGCAUGCUUCCUGGGUCACAGCUAUACGUUUACUUCCAGAUGAUUUCAAACAAUUUUCUGAUGGAGAUUAUUUUGAUUUUCAUGUCAAUAAAAGUUGUUUACCUAUUGGAUUGCUUACAGCAUCUGUUGAUGGUGUAAUAAAACGUUGGGAUGUUGGCGCCGCUUGUUUGCCGACCCCUACAACUCCAACCCCAACUGGUCCUGUCUGGCCGUAUCCUUUUGGCUCCGGCUUAUCAUCUCAGAGGCAUUCAAAUUCUUCAAAUAUACAAAAUCCAAUUGCUGUACACGGGCUUUGGACCCAAGUGUUUUCUGUUUGGUUUGGUGAAUAUGGUUCGUUAUUAGUUGUCGGACGUCGUCGACAUUCUGCUGAUUUGCAGUUUCUAUUUCGACCAAAACAAUUGAACAAUAAUGGUAAUAAUAAUAAUGAAACUUGUUCAUUCCAAGAGAUUACUAUUCGACCUAGUCAGUCAUCAUACUGGAAUCCACAAGUUCAGCAUACAUAUAUAGAAGUUGAUUCCUGUGAAUCUAUUGAUCAUCAAAAUCAUAAGAAUUCAUUGGAAAAUAAUCAUGAACCUAGUUCAUCAAUAGAGAGUUCAAAGAAACCACUACCUUUUAAACAUUGGAUAUUGUCUACAGGAUUAUCAAGUUCAAUGUAUGGAGUUGCCACUGCUGUAUCAUUUUGGAAUGAUGGUAAUUGGGUAGCUAUUGGCUUUAAUACAGGGAAUGUUAUUGUAUACUCGCUUCAUUUUGAUGAUUCACAAUUAUAUGGGAUAGUAAAACGUUAUUACCUAUUGGCUUCUGAUCACAAUUUAAAUAAAACAAAUAAUGAAGAAAAGAAAUACUCAUCAUCUUCAUUGUCAUUUUCUACACUAUACGAUCGUAUUCUACAUCUUCAUACGUGGAUGCAUGAAGAUUGUACCGAGUCAAUUGAUUCAAAGGAUUGUAAAGUUUUAAUUGUGGUUGGUGUCUAUGAAAGUGGAUGUGUAAAAGCAUGGUACCUCUCUGACGCUUGUCAUAAAAUAUCGAAUCCCACUAUACCUUGUGUAAAUAUUUACCCUACAGAAUGUUUUCCAAAAAAUCACAGUGAUAUACAAUCUUUAAACGGUUCAGUUCAUGAUCAAAAAAUAAAGUCAGAUGUUCAAACAGGUUACAUGAAUGAUGCUUUCCCGAACAACAAUAAUUCAGUUGUUACUUGGUCUACAUGUCGUUUGAUUGAACGUUCUCAGCAUCCUUUCGUAUGUGAUUAUCGGACACGAAGUCUUAAACGACGAUCGUCACUUGAUAAGAAAGAAAAUAAAAUGCUAGUCUGGUUUACCUCUGGACGUGAUGGUCGAGUUUUUGGUCGUGAAUUAUUUCUUCCAGGUGAUAAUAGAUCAGUUACCGUCAAUGAAGAAAACAAAUCUGGUGUUGAGAGUGACCGAUGGAAAUUGGAUUUAGAUGCUCAUACACCAAUGACUAUAACAAACGCUGAUAUUAGUCUAAGUGGCCACUGGCUUGUAACUGGAUCAGCAGACAAAACUGCAAAAGUAUGGCUUUUACCUUCCGGCACACUGGCUUUUGACACAGGUAUGCAUCCAAUGUGUGUCCGUUCUGUGGCUUUCCAACCAGUGGUUGAAUUAGAUGAUGAACUAAUUAUGGUAACCGGUGAUGAUGAAGGUACUUUACGUGUUUGGCGAUUGACAGCUCAAAUAUUAUGCAGUCAACUAGCACAUAUUCCUAAAACUGUUAGUAACGAAAAAAUUUCAUAUUUAGGACGACCCUUAAUCCAUGAUUUACAUCUAUGUGGUGUCUAUCAUAAUCAAAAACCUACAAUGUAUAUUCCAAGUCCUGAUCCGGUGCAACGUUUCUCAUCUCGAAGUGGUUAUCUUAACGACAAUCGUCUAUUUAAUAAACGACCUGAUUACUACUCAACAGCUGCUGGUUAUGGAUCAACAUGGUUACAUAAAUUGACAUGGUCACCAGAUGGACGAUUAUUAGCUGGCCUGUCUGAUCGUUUAUGUGUUUGGCCGUUUGAAUCUACCCAACAAUUUGAUCUACCAAACAAUGAUUCUAAUGAUUCUUCAGAUAAUACAAACAGUCCUGUUCAUUUAAUGAGACGUGUUAGUGUUCAAGAUAAGUUACCCACUUUAAAUCCUCCAAAGUUCGAAAUACAACAAUGUCGUGUAUUAAGAGUUCUUUCUUCUGGUGCAUGCAAUUUAACUGGGACAUCACCACCUUUAAUGGUUAGUCCAAGUCGCUUAUUGGAGUUAAAUUCUAAUGAUAAAAAUUAUGGUACAGUUUCAUCAAUUGAUCUUCCGCCUACUAUUGUAACAGUCGAUUCUAAUACAGGCACAUUAUACAUAUUUGAUCCAAUUGGUUCUUUGUUUUAGUCUAUUUUCAUAAAACAUUGAUGAUUUAUUUUGUUUCAUUUUCUCGUAUCAAUCCAUGAUGAUCAUAUUUAUAUAGUCUGUUUACUGUGUGUUCUAAGUAUUAUUUUGUUUAUAUGUGUAUACAAAAUUGUGGUCGAUAUAAUUUUGUUUUAUCAUAAUUAUUUGUCGGCUUUUCAAAUGUAAGUGCUAGUCGUUGUCUCUGUUUACUCGUGUAUUUAUUUGUUUGAAGAUUUUUGUACAUGUAGAUUUGUUUCACUAUGUAUAUAUAUAUAUGCAUUAUUCUUCAACCUUUGUUAAAUAAAAUAG